CCGUAGCCCGCGCUUGUUUCCAAAUGCCCCAGGCCCCGCCCCAAACACGGCUCCUGGAUCCUCAUUGGUCAGGGCUGGGAAGAACGUGCUUUUGACGCUUGAGGGGAUCCGUCUUCUUAUUGGUCAACACAGGGCAAAACCCCGCCUUCGAGCCAUUUUUUACCCAAUGGGGAGUAGCAGUCGCGAUUCAAACUGUCUAUAAAACUCGGUUUGGUCAACGAUUCUGGUAGCGCCAGUUUUGAACGGUGCUGCGGAGGUUGGGGGUUUGUCCUCGGCGCGGCCGCCUGGACAGCAGGACGCCAUGCCCGUCCCCUCCCUGAAGGAACUGGACUCCUUCAAGUACAGUGACCUGCAGAACCUGGCUAAAAGCCUCGGGCUCCGGGCUAACCUCAGGGCCGACAAGUUGUUAAAAACCUUGAAAGCUCACCUUACACCUGAAGCAAGAGAAGAAAAUGAGAAUCAGGAUGAAAGCCAAACCUCUGCAUUCUCUUCUGAUGACAAUGACGUACACAUCAGCAGCCAGGAGCGAGCUGAGAGGGAACUGGCUAGCCAUGUCACCAAAACAAGGAGAAGGCGGAGAACCAUCCCCGGGAACCCUGCCUCCCAGCUUCAUUCAGAGAUAAAAAUAAAUGAUCCCAGUGACUUCGAGAGUCAAGAAAAGCAAGAAAACCAGGAUCUCACAACUGCAACAAAAGUUCCUUCUCCAUCAGACAACAGCCAGGGAGAUGAAUAUGCAGUUUCCUCAGGAAAAAGUGGAAUAAUUGGUAAAAAAGACACAAAGAUACCUUCAAAAGGAAAGAAGUCUCUCCACACCAAUGGGUUUUCCAAACCUGGAAAAAAUAAAAGAACUGCAAGUACUACCCCAAACUUUAAGAAGCUUCAUGAGGCUCGUUUUAAGGAAAUGGAAUCCAUUGAUCAAUACAUUGAAAGAAAAAAGAAACAUUUUGAAGAACACAAUUCAUUUAAUGAACUGAAGAAGCAGCCUGUCCCUAAGGGAAUGGCAGUGACUCCUGUUUCUCUAAGAGGGAGACUCUCUGUGGCUUGUACUCCCAUCAGCCAGCGGCGCUCACAAGGUGGGCCGAGCAGCUCUGUGGGUAGGAGCACCUUGUGUGUGAAGAGCUCCAUCAAGUGCUCUGCUCUCUCAGCAACUAAACUGAACGUCAGGUUUUCAGCCACGACUAAAGAUAAUGAACAUAAGCGUUCACUGAUCAAGACUCCAGCCAGAAAGUCUCCACAUGUGACCGUAUCUGGGAGUACUCCAAGAGGCCAGGCUGUGCUCGGGACACAGAAGUUAAAGUCCACAAGAGGGGAUUCUGCUGCUGUUACUACCCCAUUCAAAUGGACAUCAGAGGCAGUGCAGACACCAGUGUCCCACAGGAAACCAGUGUUUGACCUUAAAGCAAGUCUGUCUCGUCCUCUCAACUAUGAGCCACAUAAAGGAAAGCUGAAACCAUGGGGACAAUCUAAAGAAAACAAUUCUCUGAAUGAACAUGUAAACAGAGUUAGCUUCCAUAAGAAAACUUACAAACAACCUCGUCUCACUACCAGGGAGGAGCAACGGAAGAAACAUGAGCAAGAACGAAAGGAGAAGAAAGCAAAGAUUUUGGGAGCUCGGAGGGGGAUCAUUAUGGCUAAAGAUUAAUUUUUUGACAUCCUAUAAAUAUUCCUUUUUCUGAAUUCUUUCUUUUGUAAAUAUUUUUAUACUGUCCUCCCACUUUAGUGAAAAGACCUUUUUCUGUUCUUUGUUUGAAAUAUAUGUCAUGUCAGAGGCUCUUUAUAUACUAUACCUUUAAAAAAAAAAAACAACUAAUACCUUGAAGUUCACAAAUUCUUCUUCAAAAUGGUUUUUACAUAACACAACUUAGUUUUCUAAUGAGACCCACCCGCUAGGGUUAUUGACCUAGGGUUUUUAUGUCAGGUUCCCUCUGCUGGCUCUAACAUUAGCAAAACUGCAGUUCUCUUCUAGGCAAAAGCAUUUACUUGACAGUAGCUAGUUAUGCCACAGCCUUACGGAAAAUGAAUGAUAACAAGAAUAGGAUAAGCAGGGGUAGAAAAACCGCCUCCUCAUUCUCUAGAGAAUAAAGUAGUCUUAGUGAAACUGGGCCAUCUGGCUAGUUAGGGCAUCAAUUUUUUACCCGUGGUGAAGUGUUUUGUUUAGGCUUAUAAGUACCUUUGUUCAGAUCGCUCCAUGUAGUCACCAUAUGUUGCUUGAUAUAUUUUUUAAAACAAAAACCCUAUAGCUCAUUUUAGUCUUGCUUACUUAAGAAAUAUACAGAGCCAUAUUGAAUCUGAGGUGUGCUGCUUUAGGCAUUAUUGUGCUUUGUCAAAUUCACAUCAUAUCCAUGUUUCUUGCAUCUACGUGGUGCCUCUGAGUUUUGUCCUGCUUAAGAUUUUCAUAAAUAAAAAUUUUCUCAUGGUGGUAGAUUCAUUCUUUGUAAGCAUAAUGGCUUCCAAGAUUAACAGGAGUUUACAUAUAAUCCUUUGUGCAGACUUUUCUGAUUACCCACUCCUACCCCAAGAAGAAAUGACUGUGUCCUUUUUUUGUAUUUCCACAGCACCUGUUAAGUUUUAUUAUAUUACUUAGUUAUUCAUAUAUGGCAUGCUCCUCCUGGUCCCCUGGUUUAAUAAAUUCAAAUUUUCCUGUGAAGAGUUAGGGGUCAGAUCAAUCAAGAAACCUUUGACUAAUCAUCAAAUACACUGGUGUGAGGAAUGAAAAAUGAUGUAAUUGCUUUGGAAAAUAAUUUGGUAGUCUCUAAAAAGUUAAAUGUACACCUACCAGGUGACCCAGCAAUUCUACUCUUUGGCAUAUAACAAAGAGGAAUGAAAACAGAUGUUCAAACAAAAACUUGUGUGCAGCUAUUUACAGCAACAUUAUUCAUAAUAGUCAAAAGGUAGAGAAAAACCAGUUUCCCAUCAAUAGAUAAAUGGAUAAAUGGAUUUUUAAAAUUGAAUAUUCUGUAAUGCAAAGGAGUGAUGCACUAUUAAAUAUGCUGCAACCUGGAUGAACCCCAAAGACAUGGUGCUAAUUAGAAGAAGCCAGACACAAAAUAUCACUUUAUUUAUAUGAAAUAUCCAUACAAGAUAAUAUAUAAAGAAAGAUUACUAGUUACCUGGUAUUGAGAGUAGGGAUGAAGAGUAUUUCAAAAGGGCACUAAGGUUUCUUUUCAGACUGAUGGAAAUUUUCUAAAAUUACCUUCUUAUAAUUUACAAUUGUCUAAUCCUGUAAAUAUACUUUAAAAAAUACUGUAUACUUAAAACAAGUGAACUUUCUUUUGUAAAUGAUACCUUAAUAAAGCUAUUAAAGGUAUAAACAUGGAACUAUGUAAGAUAGGUUUUAUGCCAUGGAUGAUGGAAAAGUUACGAGCCUUUGUGCAUUCUCUUAUUAGCGUGGUUUUCUCUUAGGGUAUGCUGGCAAUCAUAAAGUUUCCUGCCUCUUCCUCUCUUUUUAAAAGGA